CGUCGUUAGCUCGCGAGACUGGGUGAGGAGGGGGUGAUAAGGAGGACGCAAGCGCGGACCUAUCGACCAGCUAACCCUCCGGGUAACACCCUCGCGAUCCUCGGCCGAGGCUCACUGCUUCACCGGCAAACUAGUAGGUAGUACACGCACGCGACACAGAUUUCAACUUGGAUUGUUUAGUUUCUCCUUCCUCACCUCUCUUAUUUCAUCCUUUCCUUUCGGAUUACCUUACGUUCAACUGUUAUUCCACAAACUCGGCAAGGGAACGCAACAUCUCGUUCGAACAUCGUCGAGCGAAGAGAUCACGACGAGACGACGUCCUUUCCGGUAACCGCCGCGUUUUCGAGAAAGAGACAGACAGGAGGAGAACGUACGGUGUCCACACCGACGAAAACACCAACAAAAGCGGAAUUCUGCGGUUUUCGUGAGGAGGACGAGGUCGGUGUUAAACCAGCAAGAUUACCGGCCGCGGCGGUUGCGCCAAAUACUGUGGUACAGCUACUUCACCCGGCAACAUUUCAUUCUCCAGCUUUCGACAGUCCUUCACCUCCAAUGUUAACUACCUGAAACGGAGUUUGUCUUCCAGGUUCUCGUCAGGGGAUUUGAGCUCGGAGCUCGACGAUGAACCAAGCACAGACUCCGGGCUGGCCUCCAUGGCCAGGGAUUCGUCAUCCCAAUCGUAUCAAGCGGUGCCCGAACGCCCGUUGCAGUCCCAACCUACGCCGGUUCCGCCGGCCAGCCAACCGCCCGUCCCCGGGGCACCGCCGCCUGGACCCCCUCAACCCGUCGGCGGUGAUCUCAGUCUCAACCUGAGACCCGGCUCCAGAACUACCAGUGCUCCAUCCUCGCCUGCCAAGACCCGGGAAAGUUUGCUCCAGAGGGUUCAGAGCUUGACAGGGGCUGCUCGUGAUCAGGGUGCAUCGAUUCUGGGAGCGGCAGUGUCAGGUGCAACCAGAGGGCCCUCUUACAACAAAGAUCGAUGCUUCACCUUGCUGGUCAUAGACGACCAAAACACCGACUGGAGCAAAUAUUUCCGGGGUCGUAGGCUUCACGGCGAUUACGAGAUCCGCGUUGAACAGGCGGAAUUUCGGGAAUUGUCGUUGACAGCCAGCGAGACUGGCACCGUCGUGUCCAUGGCGGUUUAUCGUAACGGGACCAAAGUCAUCCGAUCCUUCAAGCCCGAUUUCGUUCUGAUACGACAAAACCUAAAGGACGCGGGAGAAGAUUACAAGAAUCUUCUUCUCGGUUUGAUGUACGGCGGUGUGCCGAGCGUUAACAAUCUCACGGCAAUUUACAACUUUCAGGAUAAACCUUGGGUGUUCGCGCAUCUUCUGGGACUUCAACGUCGUUUAGGAAAGGAUAACUUCCCGUUGAUCGAGCAAACUUACUAUCCCAACCAUCGUGAAAUGGUGAGUGCAUCUCGUUAUCCGGUCGUGGUGAAACUUGGACACGCCCACGGAGGAGUGGGAAAAGCCCGUGCCGAGACGAAUCAAGAGUUUCUAGAUCUCGCCUCUUUGGCUGCUUUGGCCAACGCUUACUGCACGUCGGAACCGUAUGUCGAUACCAAAUACGACGUCCACGUGCAGAAAAUAGGCAAUAACUACAAAGCGUUCAUGCGGAAGAGCAUAAGCGGAAACUGGAAAUCUAACACCGGUUCGGCGAUGUUGGAGCAAUUAGCCGUGAGUGAAAGACAUCGCGCCUGGGUCGACCAGGUGGCCCAAUUGUUCGGCGGGUUGGACAUCUGCGCGAUCGAGCUGUUGGUCGGCAAGGAUGGGCGAGAGUACAUAAUCGAAGUGAACGAUAGCGCGUUAUCGUUAAUGGGAGACUCGCAGGAGGAGGAUCGUCGCCACAUCGCGGAUCUUGUCACCGCCAAAAUGCAGGCAUUUUGCCGGCCGCCGAGCGUUUUGACGAAAACAACAUCGAGAGGAUCGAUGUCCGGCUCGAGCCAAGCGACGAGUCCGGUCGAGGAUCGCGCGGUACCACCAACAGCUCCCUUGGGAUCGCACGGGAGCAUGGGAUCGAUGGCUAGCAUAGGAAGCUUGGGUUCGGUGGGCUCGACGACGGCAGUGGCCGGCGACGUGACCACCUCUGACAGCCACCAUCAGCUGCAACGACGCGAUUCUCAAGCAUCGCAAUCGAGUACAGUGAGCAGCGCGCCGUCGGUCGGUCGACGCCAAGAUGAAGCUCCAACAUCGAGAGUACCUUUCCACAGACAAGGUAGCCAAUCACAGAGCGAGGACACCGAGGAUACCAUGAAGAAUCUUCGGAAAACGUUCGCAGGAAUCUUUGGAGACAUGUAAAUUUUUGGGACGAAUUUUUGUGCACUGAAACAAAGGAGGCAAAGAAUUGUUAUUUUUACAAAUUUACGCAAAUUGGCACGAAGGAAACGUGAUAUAUUCGAUGAAUCAUAUUUUCUGUUCUUUGUUGUUCUUCUAUAUAUUAUUAAUAAUCGAUAUGGGUAGUUUCGUAAUUAUGAAGACUAUUUUCUUCUUUCUUUCUUUGGAAAAUAUUUGACAGUUUCGAUUUUUCUUUUUUUUUUUUUUUGAUUGAUUGAUUGAUUCGGAAUGAAUUAUUGGAAUGGAUUGGAAUGGAGACACGACGAGGAUAUAUUUGCAGAUCAUCGAGCUGAUUUAAAUGACGCUCACGUCCCACACCGGGCGCUGUGUAACGAUGUAAAUUUUGCUAACGGUCCACGGCGAUGUGUAUAAACAUAAACAUAACUCUUCGAAAUCUCAUUUGACAACAACUCGUUUCUUGAUUAAUUUCUCUCUUAUCCUUAAUUAAUUAAUCAAAACGGAAAGAGAACUCUUAUUCAUCUAGAAAUUCUCGUUAAUCGCUAUUAUACCCAAUACUUAAUUAUUAUUAUUAUUAAUAAUCUUAAAUACCGCGUAAUUAAAGCAUCGGUUUCGAAUAUUAUUAAUACUAACGUAUUUUCGAUAUAAGGGUGGGUGAGCAAAAAUUAAACGGGGAUUUAAAAAGAAAAAAAAAAAAGAUAAAAGAUAAAGUCGUGGUCGUUUAUGUAUAUUAAAAAAAAAAAGAGUAAAAAAUAAAAAAAAAAAUAAAUCGUAAUGUAGAUUCUAUGUAUUCGAUGUAUUAUUCAGCAUUUACAUAGUUGGUUAGGGAAAAUUCUCUCAGGUUAAAAAAAAAAAAAAUGAUUAAAAAAGGGGGAAGGGAAAAUAAUAAUGAUAAUAAUAAUAAUAAUAAUAAUAAUAAUAAUAAAAAAUGAAUACUUUUCCACCAAGUGUGUCCGGUUAUGUUUCGUUACCAUCGACGUAUCCGUUCUGCAUAUACUCGUCUCGUUUACGGGAACCUCCGCCACUUGGUUUUUCGAUUCCAACAGGCAACAGAUACCAUAGGCCCCUGUCAUCUCCUCAUCCGACUUUACUUCAGGCGUCCACUUUUUAGGCUUAACUUUCGAUUAAUAGCAUUGUCUAAAGGCGAGGGAACGGGAAAGUGAAGGGGGGAGGAAAAAAAAAAAGAAAAAAGAAAAAGAGAGAGACGAAAGCGGGAAGAGAGUAUAGAGGUGGAGGGGGGGAAAAAAAAGAAGAAAAAAAAAACGAUGGGUUAUAAAUUAAAACGGGUGAUGGAAAUUCCUGCAGUAAAAUACAUAUUUGUAAAAUUAUUAAAAAGUAUUUGUAAACCGACGUCAUUCAAUACAAUGAUUGAGGAAAACAAAAAAAAGAGGAGAUUCGGGCAUUAUUAUACUGAACAUUUGGCUAGAGAAGACUUCUGCAUCGAUCGGUCGCCGCGUGAAAAAGAAAAAAGAAUCUCGAUUUCGAAAAAAACGCGCCGACCACCAACAACACGAUCGACGAGUCUGUAUCUUAAGCGCACAAAUAGUCAUUAAGAUUUCGAGACCGGGCAGUACUUUGACAUCGUGCAUGUGAACAGCGCAAACGUUUGGAUUAAACGGGACUCGAGAAGAGGAAAAUUUAUUCCGCAGAGUCGUCGGUCCGUUUUUUUGAAAAAAAUUAAAAUUUCGGCCCGUCAAAAGUAAACCCGCUCGACCGACGGCCUUUCGAUUUGGAUCGUUGAAAAAGAAAAAAAAAAAGAAAGAAAAAGAAAAGAAAAUUCAUCGUCUCGAAACACUAGUGAGCAUCUCGAUGUUGAAAACUGUCCUGCAAUUUCCGAUGACGAACUGCUUCUUUUUCUUAAAUUUUCACGCACACGUGUACAAAUCAUUUCGUAAAGAAAGAGAAAAGAAAAGAAAAGAAAAGAAAAGGGGAGAAAAGAUUCGGCAAUGCUUGCUUGCUGAAAAUUCACGAAAAACGAGAUGUUCGUUGUUCCGUAGGCUUUAAGAACAUUACCGAUGAAAUCAAAAUGUAAUAAAAAAAAUUAAAGAAACGGGUUCGUGAACUAGGAACGGGAAGCGAAAGGGAAGCGCGGCCACUAGUCGCCGCGAGAAUGAUAAAAAGAUAAAAUGUUAUUACAUGGGCAUUCAGUAAUCGCGAUUUUUGCGAAAUCCUGGCAAAAAUCCGAGUCACACCGAGCAAAUUUUCUGACGAUCUGCAAAUAUAAUCUCGCCUUUUCUCAUUCCUUCGUUCGUUCGUUCGUUUUCUAGGUUCGAACUCCUUUGACUCGGUGCACGGAAUCGAAAAGGAUCCGCGUUUCAAUGUUGAAUCAAAAAGAAAAAAAAAAAGAAAAAAAAAAAGAAAAAAAGAAAAGAAAAUCGAUCGACGAUAAAGCAAGGAAGAAAAGAAAAAAAAGAAAAAAGAAAGGAAAAGAUAAGGAAAAGAGAGGGAACGAAACUUCUUUAUCCAAUGAUCUCAAUUUACCUUAGCAUAAGGGCUGAUAAACGUAUUAUCGACGAAUUUGACGGGAGGAUCUCGUGGUGUCAGCUUUGGAAAGGAACGAGAACAAUUUCUAAUAUUCCGUUAUUUACGUUAUUUCUCGGUUUCGAUGUUUUCGCCAAACAUUUUAAUUCACAAUUUUCAUUUCUUUCGAAUACUUUCGUCAACUGCGCGAGGAUACAGCGGAGGGAGGGGGAGGAUUGCGUUGGAUCGUACAUAAAGGAACGUGUAUUGCCUUCUUUCGUUUCCAUUUUUCUUCUCUCGAUUUACGAAACACAUCAGCAGUGCUUCACACCAGUAUUGAAUUUUAGAAAUAUUAACGAGGUUAUAUUAAACGAUGAACGCAAAGACGUGAAUUUAGUCCAUCCUCUCUAUUGCACAAUUAUAUAUCGAUCGAACACUUCCUGUGUGUGUAUCUAGUUUUAGUUGAUAAGUUAGUUAUCCGUUGAAAGAAAAAGAGAGAGAGAGAAAGAGAGAGAAAAGAAAACACGGAGGAUGAAUCAAAACGGAACCCACGAGUUAAUUUCGAUAUGUAAUAGACGUCCGAUGGUUUGAUUUUUGAUGUGCCUUGAUAACUUAAGUGCCCUUCUUGUCACCCGUUUCUCACCCGAUUCGAAGCAGUCCGAAAGUACGCGUUUCAAACAGUACACAAACAAACGUACGACACGUACACCGUUCACCGUUGCACUUAAUCACGAGAUCUCUGUGUUGUUUGUACUUUUUAUACACCUCGAAAACGCGUGCACCCCAUCGUUUUUUACCCUUCUCGCAUAUCAUCAUCGUUGCAACGAGCUUGCUUGUUGAUUCAGCCACGCAUCUCAAAAUAUCACGUGGAUAAGUGCAGGUACACCGUCCAAGUUUACGAUCAACAACAAGCGAACAACCCUCUUAUCGUUCGUCGAUAUUCGCUGUAGCAAAGAUAAUCAAUCGAUCAUUCCACUUUCUUCUCUUCCGUUCUUCUCAUCACUUCGUGUCACUAGAUAUCCAAGAUUCCUUCGCUUAUUAUUUGUAUUUCGAUUCUCUUUCGAUUAUCCAUCGAUUCAACGACAGGCAAUGAGUACGUAGAGAAGUAAAGUAAACUUAACUAGAGUUUAAAAGAGUUUUAGAAUCGUGGCAGGAGAGUAGAGCAGAAUAUCGUGAGUUAUUAGCGUUUCAAAUUUAAGGACUUAGUUCUUAGCAAGCUGAGAUAAUCAGAUAAUGAUAACGACAUUGCGAGAAAUAGAAAUGUUGGAAUUACAUUCAUAUUGGAAGAUGAUAGUUUAAGGGUUGUUUCAUUUUUUUCAUUUUUUCGAUUAUUCAUAGGGCAGGGAAAUGAGGAAGAGGUAGAAUUUAAACAGAGAGUUUUUAGAGUCGUGAGAGGAUAGACUGCUAAAACGCUGCCUAAUUCCACGACACGUGUAGUUCAGAAAUCUGGAAUAAUAAUUGCAAGAGACAGUAGAAACUAUUACUAUUACUAUUACUACUGCGACAUUGAAAAGCUGUUAAACUUUAAACGCGAAUAAACGAAGAACCCGCGAAAAUAAAAUCCUGGACAAUCUUUACCUCGAAAACCUGGAAAAUUGUCACGACGAAGUACAAAAAAAAAAAAAGUAACCCACCCAGAUGAAACGAGAUAAACUGCUUUCCUGAGCUGACGCCACGAUGCGAACGAAAUAAAAUAAAAAAAUAAAAAAAAUAAAUAAAUAAAAAAAAGGAGAGAAAGCUCGAUAGAUUCGUUUAAAAUGGACGAAUUCGAUCCCUACAGAAUCCGUACUGAUACGUAGACAAGGUUAAAGAUAACGAAUAUCUCAGGGGUGCAAGUUUAAGCACUAGGUAGGAUAGAAAAAAAAAAAGAAAAAAAAAAGAAAUAGAAAAAAAAAAGACGACAGUUAGAAGAGGCAGUUGGGUUCAAGUGUUGUUGCAAUCUCUAGACGAAUAAACGGCAUUGACUUCGAUUACCUACGACGACUAGUGAUUUUAGCGAGCACGCUUUUUUGGGAGAAAUCUUAGCGGUUAUCCUAUUAUUCAUAGGAAGCGAAAUUAUACGCGGAAUCGAACCGGGUAACGAUCAUCUGUGAGAAAAUCCGAUAACAACCGUUUCUCUGCAACGUUUCAACCUAAUCUUUUUUUGUACAAGAUUAUCGUUCCAACGAAUAAAUCUGUGGAUUCAACAAUUGUCAAUUGUUAUCGCGGUAUAUAUCCAAUGAGAAAUGUAAAAACGGUUGACGAUUUAGUUAUCGGUUUCAAUCCACCACCUUGGUUUGUUUAUGCGUCAUUACCGUGAUCAGAGAUAUCAUUUUUAUCAUUUAUAUUCAAUUACGAAGACGUUUGUCGAGGACGGAUCGAGCGGAUGAUCGAUUCGAUGUAACACCGAUGCAAAACGCAUGCAAAAAAAAGCUCACAUCGUUUAAGCAUUUCAACAGUUGCUCGAUCAUGCUUCUCAAGAAUCUUCGAUCGACGAGUUUGUAAUUUGUUUUUAGUGCCCGUGUGAUGUAGUGAGCAGCAGCCUGUUUCAACAACACCUUUCCAUUAGGUUUUGAUCGUGUUUUCGUGUUACGCGUCACUUUUUAUUUCGUCGUAACGCCACCGCGUGUUGCUUGACUUAACAGUAAGCUGAUAGAUCUUUUUAAUUUCGAUGUAAAAGAUUCGCGUACACCGCCUCUCGCUACAUACAACGAGAGAUCUUUUAUAAAAAUUGGCGCUCUAUCGCGCCCAAAAUUUCCUCAUCCGAAAUCUCUGUUUCCUUCUUGCCGGAAAAAAAAAAAUAAUAAUAUUACACUUAAGCUAAUCUACUUAGGAUCCUUGCGUCACCGUAAUACCGUUGUUGAUUAAGAAUUUACCAUUCAUAGAGUUACUUUAAGAUCGUGGAACUAAUUUAGAUGCCUUGGAUAACGACAUCGUAGAUAUAAGUUCCAACCAAAAAAAAAGUAAAAAACAAAAAAUCAUAAGAAAGAAAAUUAAAAAAACCAAAAAAAAAAAAGAAAGAAAGAAAGAAAGAAAGGAAGGAAGAAAAGAAGGAAGGAAGAAGGAAAAAAAGAAAAGAAAGAAGAAACGAAAAGAAGUCGAAGCAAACUCGCGAUGAUAACGCUAACGAGAACUAUAUAUAACGCAAUACUGCGUUAUCGUCGUCGUCGUUUCGAGGCUUCUUUCACUCGAUCCAACUCGAUCCAAGAUCAAUCUCGAUUCGAAAAAAAAAAAACCGCGUGACGAAGCUUCGAAACGCAUUCGAUCGUGAAUAGAUUAGAAUACACACACACACACACACACACACGCUUAGAAAUAUACGUUCCAAGAGCAUCUCCGCCGAAGAAAAGUAGGUACAUAACGAGCGUUAUAACGUUAUCAUACGUCGAGGCCAAACCGUAUCUCGUGCCAAUCAGAAUUGGCGAUUCCAGCUCAUGGCAUUCGAAUGCCGAUUUAGUGCCUCGUUGCUUUCCCUUCCCUUUUACCCAUUUUCAUUUCAAAUAAACGAAUGAAAUUUCGUUUCAUCAAAUCUCUAUGAAUAUGCACGAUAUUUAUCCUCGAAUCUAAUUUCCAUCUCCGAUCUAAUGUCAACGAUCAGGCUCCCCUAACUUACUUACUUACUUCACUCCCUUCUUUCCCUCGUCGUUUCUUCUCCAUCAAAUCCAGCACUUAUUCUCCAGCGAAACGAAACACCAAGAUAUUAUUAUUAUUAUUAUUAUACAAGAAACCGUUACAACGAAUCGUGGAAGGGGCGAAUAAUUAUCGAAGCAAUCCUCUCGUCGCGCGAACAGAAUUAUAAGAUAGCCGGGUAUAUCAAUGGCACGAGGAUCCACGGUUUCGCCACGAUGAUCGAGGCGAACGAGCGCUCGUCAUCGUCUCUUAAUUACGAUUAUUCAAUGUCUCUGUGUAACGAACUUAAAGAUUAAACAAUAGCGUUAAACGAGAUUAAAAGGAAAUAACAAAUCGUUAAGGUGAGAUUAUCAUCGUAGGCUAGUUACGAUACGGUAGGCUCUAUAUGUAACCGUAUGUUACCUCCUUGAUUUCAAUGAGUGCUAGUCCACAUGUAUCAUAUAUCACAUUAACACAACACUCGUACUCUCGAUACAACAAUAUUAUGUACACGACAUAUAUAUAUAUACAUACAAACAUAUAUAUAUAUAUACAUUAUGUAAUAACUAUAAUGAUACGCGACAGUUGUAGCUAAUCACCCCGGACGAACAACAGAGGAACCAGUCUAUUGUUCUCACGGGGACGUAUAAAAGCGUCCUUGUAAGGUGUAAGGAUGUCUUCAGGUCUAAUUAAUUGUAAAAUCGGUCAGAAACGUUAUUAUAAUCAGAGGAGAAAAGCGAAGUUUAAACGAAGAUGGAACGUCCUCGCGCGCCGACGAAAAGAAGCGUCUCAUAGAUCUUCGAGCGGAGAGCCAUCGGUGGCACGGGACGUGCCUCUGUUAUGCUAACAUUCGAUAUCAAUUGUACGACAAUAUAAGGUACAUAUUCUGUAAUAUAUAUAUAUAUAUAUAUAUAUAUAUAUUACAGAAUAGAGUGAGACGCCAUACGAGUUCACUCGUACGAGACAAAUGUGAGAGAGUAGAGUUAGUUAUUAAUCUCGAUGUUCUGUUUCGCGGCGCGCGUAUCCCAGAUGCGCCGUCGAAAGGAGGGGAAAAAGAAAAAAAAGAAAAAUUACUUAAUUAGAACAUUUCCCUCGAAGAAAAAAUCAAUCCGCGCGAUCGAACCGUCGAAAUCGGUGGUGGACGGAAUAGUUCUUCACCAACACCAAGAAAAAAGGAGCGUCCCAUGAAAAGCGUGCCGAGUUCGAUCGUUGGAUCGCGCAUGAAAGUCGCGUGUGCCGCUUCGUCGAUCACGUUCCCUCGUAUUCUUAUUCUUUCUCUCGUACUCGAGACCGCGUUAAAACACGCGGAGUGCGUGUUUCCAAGCGACUUGAUUACAAGAGCACGCGACGGACAACGAAAUCAUCGCUACACGAACGAUCGUGGAUCGCGGCACGGCUCACGCGUGGAGGCAACGAUCGCUCCAAUUAUAUCACGUUAUACACCGAUUAUUAACCGAAAAAUUCUCCGAUCGUACGACCGUUUAUAUUAUACCUUUUAACCGUAACCGUUGAAUAAGAGAAGGUAGGAGGGAAGGAAGGAAGGAAGGAAGGAAGGAAGGAAGGAAGGAAGGAAGGAAAGGAUGUUUGAUUAAAUGCGAGUAAAAUGCGAGUUCUAUCUGUCAUCGUUUUAGCUGUUAAGGAUUCAUCAGAAGUAAAUAUUGGGGGUAGCUCUAAUCCAGUAAGCGUAAGCGCAAGCAUAUUUAGAAAUACGGAGAGAAGAAGUAAAAGUAGUACAAUGUAUAGGUUUGUGUAUAGAGAUACGAGAGGGCAUGUGUGAAAGAGAUACCGGUGUUGGGUGCACGUCGAGUGCUCGUUACCGAUCCUACCGCCGCUUUAUUUCGUUGGAAGGCAUUACGGGCGGAUGGCUAACAAGAUCGUUCCAACUUGUUCGAGAUAUCACGGAAACGGUUUUUCGACCGUUUUCUAUCCUAUCGCGAGGUGGCCGAGGAGUGAAAGGAUGCCCUUUCGAGGGAUCGUAUAUCGAUAAGCCGGGGUGGUCGUAGGUAACGAGCACGCCGUUUCAUGGAACAUCAAGGGAGUCUUCCUCGUGAUGGCGAUGCUCGAUGCGCCUGGUGAUCAUUUCAUGGCCUUAAUCAAAUUUUCAUCGGGGAUCGAGCGUCUUCGUCAUCGUGUUGUCGUCGCGUUUCUCACGAUUAUGGAACGAAUUGGCUGGCGCGUGACGACGAUUCGUCGAACGAACCGUGGAUCCACCAGAAAGAAUAUGAAACGUGCCGGAGGAUAUUGUAUAACGACUCCUCUCGGUGCUUUUUAAUAUCUCCGUUUCGAAUUCGUCCACCGUUUCGAUGUCAAAUAUUUCCCGCCAAUUCGAAAUUGCGAUCCACGUUGCAUCCGAUACUCGUCCAGAUGAUUCAAACGAUCGAUUCAAAGAGAUUUUAUAUAUCGAUUGCGCGCCGAUUUCUAUCUCGUACGAUUUUCCACUCAUCGAGAAAUGCUUCCACGAUAAGAGGUGGAAAAUUGUUGGACGAAAAUUGUCGCGUGUCUCCACAUGUAUUCUUCGAUAUACCGGUUUAAUGCUGCGCUAUCGGAUGUGGAAUAUCUUUAUGGUGUCUCCGUAAGACUUUCGACGUGGGCCCCUUAAAACUGACGACACGGACACAUACGUUAACAGAGUUUCUUCGACUAGAAUUGUGUAUUCAUCCAUUGCAUACCAACAAAAAAAUAAAUAAAUAAAUAAAUAAAUAAAUAUUUGCCAUAUUGGACAUUGGUGAAACGUUUAUCGAAACGUUUUGGAUGUCGUUAUGGUUGUUAAGACAUUGAAAUAUUAAGAACUCUUUAACGAAUUGAGCUAUCUCAUUGUGUUAUGUACACACAUUUAUAAAUAUAUAAAUAUAUAAAUAUAUAUUAUAUAUACAUAAAAAAUAUAUAUGUUGAAGAGUUAAACAUUUACCACUAUGAUGAUCAUACUAAUGCAGCGUAAUGGACGAAUGGCAUGCACUCAAAAAGUUAUUAAGAUGUUAUUAAUAUACUUCCGAAGUCGAGUAACGCAGAUUAUUAAACUCUUCUGAUGAAUUGAUGAGAAAAAAAGAAGAAGAAGGAAAGAAAGAAAGAAAAAAAAAAAAAAGAAUCCCGAUCAAGUGAUCCUGUAAAACGGAGAACAAACGUUAGUGAGCGUAAACGAUAUUGUACUUAUCCCAAUAACAUAACGAUCGAAAGGGAGAAAACGACUUUCGAUUCCGUGCUAGAUUUCGGGACACUCUUUGUAACUCUGCGUGGCCCGACUAGGUUCUGGUUGAAAUACGAUUACUGCGAUACGUAAGCUAAACUGUAACAAUAAAAAAAAAAAAAUAAAAUAUUAUACUUAUGA